UUUCUGUGCAAUUCAUCGUUGCUCGAUUUUACUUUUCGUUCGUGCUCAUUUUCACAUACACACAGUAUUCAUCAUUUGCCAAAUAAGAAUCAUACGCUCAUUCUGUAAUAGGGGCAAAAAAGAAAAAAAAAAUAUUCUUGUAAAAGUAGACACAGUGAGAAAAAAAACAUCGUUGUCGUCAAGCCAGCACAAGUGUAUGGAUUUUAUUUUUAAUUUGUCAAAAUUACGAUAUUAGUGCGAAUUUUGUGUGAUUGAGUGAAAUUAAGAGGAACAGAAAGAGUCAGUGAGGCCCUUUUAGUAUUCUUUCGGAGGGAAAAAGAAGAAAUUUCGCAGUCAAACGAAGUACUUCUUUAUUACAACGACACAUAACGCAUCGGCGAUAGCAAAAAAAAGAAAUUCGAAAACUAUUUUUUUUAUUUACAUUUUAACCAUCAAUUGCCAUCGAAAAUUUUAAGAAAAUGGAAAAGAAAGAGCAAUUGCUUAUUAUUAUGCCAGAACAUGAGUUGAGAUUUCGUGGUCCAUUCAAUCAGGCCAUAACAUCACAUAUGUUGUUGAAAAAUCCAACUGAUAAACCAAUUUUAUUCAAAAUCAAAACAACGGCCCCAAAACGAUACUGUGUGCGUCCAAAUUCCGGAUUGCUAGAGCCAAAUAAUUUUAUAGAAGUUGGAAUUUGCCUACAACCAUUUGAUUUUGAUCCGAAUGAAAAAAAUAAACAUAAGUUCAUGGUUCAAAGUCUUGUUGCUCCAGAAGGUGAAUUCAAUGCGGAACAAUUGUGGAAAGAUGUAAAAUCGGAAGAUUUGAUGGAUUCAAAAUUGCGGUGCGUUUUUGAAUUUCCGGAUGAUAAUCGACCACAACCGACCAAUGAAGAAGAAAAUCAGAAUACGGCAGGCGGCAGUGAUGCAAAUGCUAGCUCCGGCGAUGAUAAGGCACGCGAUUCAUCUGAUCUAGCACGGGUUUCGGCUGAAGUACGACAAUUGCGCGAUGGCGAAAGUCAAUUACGGCAAGAAAACAUGCAACUAAAAGAGGAAAUUUUGCGAUUACGUAUGCUAAGCGAUAUGAAUUCAAAGAAAGAACCAUCGGCUGCUUUCCAGAAUCCAUAUUCACCACCACAAUUGGCUCAACAACAGCUACCAAUCAAGUACAUUGCUAUAGCCAUUGCAAUGGCUCUUUUCGGAUGGAUUUUAGGAAAAUUUAUGCUCUGAAUCAACGAAAUCGAUCGGGGUGCUGCUACUUCUACUGAUGUUGCGGGCGCAAAACAUUCAAACCAUCAAUAAAAAAAGAAACAAACAGAAUUAUAACAAAAAAAAAGUUACGAAAAAAAUGAAAAGAAAAGAAACAAACCAACCCUAAAUAUAAACAAAAAAAAAAAACAUAAAAACAAACAAGCAAACUAGAACAUGCAACACUUAACGAUUAAUUUAAUUGAAAUGAAAAAUUGAAUGGAAUAAGUUAAACUUAAGAAUCGGCUUUGUGGGACUAUUUCAAAUUCUGAUUCAGUAAAUUAAUAUUUAAAAAAAAAAACAACAAGAAAAAAAAAUCACAUGAAAAACAUCAAAAUUAACGAAUUAUGCAUUACGAUUUACCCGUGUACGAAACAAAAAACAUAAAACAAGAACAAUUUGAAUUUACAUUCAGAUGAGAAUAGAUUAAGCAUUGAUUUCAACUGUCGCGUCCACUUCGAAAGUGAGACAUAAAAGCAUAUUUUUAAAACAAAACAAAAACAUUUAGACAUUGCAUUCAAUAAAUAACACAAACAACAA